AUGACCUCCUUAAGUUUCAUCCGAUCGCGUUCAAAAUUUUACCACAGCGAAAAAGAUAAUUUUUCUCUAGUAUUCGGUGCACCGAUCCCAUGCUACCUCAAAACAAUAUCAGCAAUUAUCUCUAAUACUAUUGUUCGUUAUUCAAAAAUACAAUUCGAUAUGGAACUAUUGCUACAACAGUUAAAUGAAUACAAGAACAAUAUAUAUUCACUUGCCAAUCACUAUCAUUUACAUAUCGGUUAUCAUUCUAAUUUGCCAUUACUUGUGUUAAAUUAUCAUGUGGUGGCUUCACCUAAAGACCAUCCUGUAGUGAAUAUUUGUCGUGGUUUAGUUCUAGAAUAUAAGAAGAUAGAUGAAACUGAUUUACAGUUUAUUUCUAUUGUUGCGAAAGGCUUUAAUAGAUUCUUUUAUUAUUCUGAACAUACUCAAAUCAUUAAUAGUACAGUAGAAACAAUACAAGCAUAUGACAAAGUUGAUGGAACAUAUAUGCUUUUAUUUUACUUCAAUGGCCAAUGGAUAAUGUGCACCCGGCAUAAUUUCUCGGAAGAUUAUGUAGUACCGAAUGAAGUGACCUAUGAGCAACUGUUCGUUAAAACGUCGGGAUUUUCCAAUAUGGAUGAUUUCCAGAAGUUCUGCAAUGCAUACUGUGAUAUUCACACAACAUAUCUGUUUGAAUUAUGCAGCAUGCUUAAUCGAAUAAUAACACCCUAUGAAACGCCAAAACUUUAUUUAUUAGGAUUUAUUAAGUAUGAAAAUAAUGAAUGGAAAGAGAAUUAUAAAAAUGUUGAUGAAGUCAUGAGUAUGGUAAACAAAUUACAAUGUAAUGGUUUGAAAAUAUCAUCAGUUCCUCAUCGUCUAUUUGAUAAUUGGAAAAGUUUAAAUAUUGAAAUGAAUCAUUUGACCAUAAACGAUCCCUUGUUCGAAGGUUUUGUCUGUUACACAAAUAAUAUUGAACGCUUUAAAUUUAAAAAUCCUAUUUAUCAAUUAUUUCAUCGACUGAAGUACCGUGGUUGGCAUACAGCAAAUGCAGCCAUUUUAUUACCGUGGUUAACUCAUUUAGAUACAUUUCUACCAUUAAUACCUGUGCCUCAAUAUGAAUUAGAAUAUAUUAGUCAAAUUAUUCAGGAUUUAAAAAGUAACCUUGAAAUUGGAUAUAAUUCACUGGCAAAUACUUGGUCAAAAUAUGAAGAAUCAAAUGAUUCACAUUCACUUUUUCAUGAUCACCCUCUAAAAGCUCUACUAUAUACAAAAUUAAAGUUUCCAGAAUUAGAAUUGAAAGAUAUUUGGAAUAAUCCUAAGUUCGAUAAACUCAAAUUAAACUACAUCACGGGUUUACAAUCAUCAUCAAAAGAUUAUUGUAAAUUAAACCUACUGGACUUCAAACAACCACACAACAAUGAUACCAAUGGUCUGGCAGAAAUUCAUCCAAUAAUAGAUGAAAAAAGUAACAAAUUUAUAGUUCAUUGCUAUUGCAGCCAUAAAAUGAACUACAUACGAUUGAAAAGAAAUCGUACUAUUCCUAAGGCAUGUUUCUGCGGUCAUUUAACGGGACUAACUAAGACCUAUUUUAUAGGUACUAAGCUAUGGGUAUGUGAGAAUGAGAAAUAUUGUCCUGGAACCAUGGAGAGCCGACCAGAUGGUUCUCCAUUGGGUAUUCCCGCAUCACCGUUCUGUAAGCAGUUAAGAUUAAUGAGUCAUGAAUUAAUCAAUCGUCUGAUAAACCAAAAUCUGUGGAGUUAUAACAAAAUUAAUCUCGAGUUGGGAAGCCUGUUGAAGUUAUCGCCACAAAAUAUGCAUAUGGCACAAUUGGGAAUUAGUGAAUGUUUAAGAUGUAUACAACAUUUACAAAGUAAAAUCAUUGUUGCAUAUUUAACCGAUGGAUCAAUUCAUAUUUAUGCUUUUAAUAAAAAUGUACUAUUACGUGAUUGGGGUCAUGUAUCCGUUGACAAAGACCUUGAUUUACUGUCUCUAAUGCCACUUUGUUUAGUUUGUACAUUUCACUGUAAGCCAAACACAUCCGAACAACCAUGUCUAAUGCUCAUUGAAUUAACAAAGAUACUAUUGUUAACAGCAGAAUUCGAAGAAGGAUCACUAAAUGAUAAAACUGAACUCGAACCACCGGUGCGUUUUGAUGAUCAAGAGUGGUUAUGA